AUGGCACGCAUGACGGGGUUCGCCAGGUCUCGUGGAGGAGACAUCGAAAUGGGCCGAAUCGGAGGUCCAUCGGGAACAGGAGGCGGCCGAAUCGGAGCACCACCCCCAGAGGCAAGCUUGACCUGUCUGUAUUGCUCUUGGAUGAGGGCUCCCAUUCCGACCCUUCUGUGGCCUCGAGGAACCACGACCGUCCGCGGCCUUCAGCUGCGCAAUUUGAUCCCCGCAGCCACCUCGUUCGCGGCGCUCCCUCCCCCCACUUGCCGCCCUCGCAACCAGUUCUUCCCACCGUCCUACCACACGAAAACCGCAGAGCCCAAAAUGCCAAAGGACAAGGUGUCGUUCAACCUCAAAACCCCCAAGGGGACCAAGGACUGGUCUGGCGGCGCCGCCAUCCUCCGCGACCGCAUUUUCACCACCAUCACCGAUGUCUUCAAGCGCCACGGCGGCACCGCGCUGGACACCCCCGUCUUCGAACUGCGCGAGAUCCUGGCGGGGAAAUAUGGCGAGGAUUCAAAGUUGAUCUAUGACCUACAGGACCAGGGUGGAGAGCUGUGCUCGCUCCGGUAUGAUUUGACGGUGCCUUUUGCGCGCUGGCUGGCCAUGAACCCGGAUGUGCGAAGCAUAAAGCGGUAUCACAUUGCCAAGGUGUACCGGCGUGAUCAGCCUGCGAUGACCAAGGGCCGCAUGAGAGAGUUUUAUCAGUGUGAUUUCGACAUUGCGGGCGCGAAUUUCGAUCCCAUGGUUCCCGACGCGGAGAUCCUGCGCAUUGUCGCCGAGGUGUUUGACGAUUUGGGCUGGAAGGGGGAUUAUACUAUCAAGAUCAACCACCGCAAGGUCCUUGACGGAGUGUUUGAGGUGUGCGGUGUCCCCAAAGAAAAAAUAAGAACGAUUUCAAGCGCCGUGGAUAAAUUGGAUAAACUGCCUUGGGCUGAAGUGCGCAAGGAGAUGGUCGAUGAAAAGGGAUUGGAUCCAGCUGUUGCAGACAAGAUUGAGACAUAUGUAGUUCGAAAAGGAGGCAGAGAGUUACUGGAUUCCUUAAAAUCAGACGAAACUCUUUUCGCGAAUCCAUCCGCGAAACUAGGAUUAGAGGAGAUGGGCCUACUGAUGGAUUACCUUGAGGCGUUCAGCGUCUUGGACAAGAUAUCGUUCGAUAUGAGUUUGGCACGAGGGCUGGACUACUACACCGGCGUUAUCUAUGAAGUUAUCACCGAAGGAUCUGCUCCUCCCACCGCAUCCUCUGCACCAGAAGCGCAAAAGCUACAACGCUCAGGGAAGAAGGACAAGGCCAAACUAGACGCUGACGAAGAUCGGUCAGAUGAUCCUACAAUUGGUGUGGGCAGCGUGGCCGCUGGAGGUCGCUACGACGAGUUGGUCGGCAUGUUCUCGAAUAAGGCUCAAAUACCCUGUGUUGGCAUUUCUUUCGGCGUGGACCGCAUAUUUUCAAUCACCAAGGCUAGAAUGGAGCGUGACAAAAAGGAGACCCUCAAGAACAGCGAGGUAGAUGUUUUCGUUAUGGCGUUUGGAGGAAAAGGCUUUACCGGCUUGCUGAAAGAGAGAAUGGAUAUUUGCAAGACGUUAUGGGAAGCCGGAGUCAAGGUCAAGCCAAAACCUCAGCAACAAUUCACAGCUGCUGAAAGUAGCGGUGCCCCUUUUGCGGUCAUCCUCGGUGACGACGAGCUUGCAGCUGGCGAAGUACGGGUCAAAGAAAUGGGUUUACCAAAGGGUCACCCAGAGAAGGAUGGAGUACUCGUGAGGAUUGAAGCGCUCGCAUCGGAAGUAAAAUCAAGAAUAGAGAAGAGAAAGGCCAGAGUGGACGGUGGAAUUGAAGAAGAAGCAGAGGUGGCGAAAAAAGUGGAAGCAUUGGAAGUUGCAUAG